AUGAUAGAGCUCAAGGUGAAGCUUCCGGGGAGGAGGGGAAUCUCCAGAGACCAUAGGUCUCCACAGGUCUCCAUUCUUGAUUCAUCGCUGCUGUUGAUUCAUUAUCAGUUGCAUCUUGUCUCCUCUCCAUCAUCUUUAUUGACCACAGCAUUUUAUUUUGUGCUUCAUUCUGAGGAUAUGUUCGGAGAUUGCAGUAAUGGGUGGCUGAAAGGGCUCACCAAGGUGUAUAUCCCUUUUCUGGCUAGCGGUGAUGUCAGUGGAUAUGACUUGGAUCGUUCAUAUCCACUCCCUAGACUCGCAGAAGAAACAUACCAAAGUUUGGAUCCAAUACAGCCACCAAUUGGUCCCCCUUACACGAGCUCUUGA